AUGCCGUCUAUUCCUGAACCAAUAUCGAAUUCAAAUAUUUGUGGCGAGAUAACUAUGCUAUCUUUGUCAACGAACUUGAAUCCACGUGGUGUCGUGAAAGCUGGAGAAAUCAUCGAAGAGACAGAUGAGGUCGAAGCCACUGACAGCUCUGGAGAAGAGGUACACGAGUCGGAAGAAAAGGUGCUUUUGGACAAAAUAUCAUCUGCUUUUGAAGUUAAGACCACUAGCUACGGUGGUCGUGGAUGCUUUGCACAUGGUGCUAUCUCCAAAGGUACAAGUAUUCUUACUGCUAGGAGACCCAUAGGAAGUGCCGUGACCCGUGCGUUCCGUAAGGAGGUAUGCACCUGGUGUUUCACUUACAUGGAUGGAAGAACCCUAAAAUAUAAGAUACAGCAGAAAAUAUACUUUUGUUCGGAGAAAUGCCAGAAUGAGUUUUGCAACUAUGACCCAGACAGUAUAUUGGCAGACACACUAGUACGCAUGGAAGACUUGUACGUCAGGUGUCAGGGAGAUAUUGACGAGAAUGGAGUUCCAGAAAGCGAAGAAGAACUUCUUCGUGUCAUGGAUGACAAAUGGGCUGAGGUCACUGAAUGGGAAUCCAAAAUCUCGAAAAUGAAGCCUACUAAGCGAUUCCGCCAGCUUCCAACUGUCACCUCCGAUGAUUACACGGAGAUCAGAUACAUUAUCAUGACACUAUACAACUACUAUCGGGAAGAAAAGUCCACAUAUAUGACCAAACUGCUUAUAUCAGAUAUGGAUGAAGACGAGCAAUUGACCUUCGAGAAGAAAGUCUUGGAAAUCCUUUAUUCCAGCGAAAUAGAUAAGGUCAAACGUUACCCGUACCUUCUUAUUGCAUAUAUUAACAUCUAUAAGUUUGUGAGAUUGGUCAUUCCGCAUGAAUUCCUUCCAUUCACAAAUCCACAGAAGGUCCGCAAUAUCAUUGGCAGGAACCUCACCAAUGCAUUUGGAGUCUGGUCACCAACCACGCAAGAGAACGAAGAGCGUGAAUUCUUUGGGUUUGGAGUCUAUCCGUCUGGUUCGUUCUUUAACCACUCUUGUAGGUGCAACGUGACGAAAAUCAGAGACGGAGCAAGUUACGAAUAUGUCACUACUGAAGACAUUGAGCCAGGCACAGAAUUAUGCAUCAGUUAUGGAAUCAGACCGGAGGAUUCAGUUGAAGUGCGUAGAGAAGCAUUGGGUGAGUGGUUUUUCAUUUGUGGAUGCACUAGAUGUGUUGAAGAAAGCUCAAAAGAUUAA